CUCUGGCUCCUUCUCCCUCUUCUGCAUUGGGUUCAGCAUCAGCCUAGUUCUCAGUGAGGAGGUGGAUUUGCUUUCCUGGCUUUAGGGGCGUGGCUGGUGCCUAAGGUGCCCAGACCCAAAGCAAGGCAGCCCCCCCCAGCCCCGCAGGGACAUCUGUAUACAGCCUGCACAAGGGCUCUUAAAGACUCCGUUCUAGUUGUGCAUGUAGCUGUGUGGCAUCAUCUGUGCAGAUGGAUAAACAGCCGCCCAGCUUGAUGAGGAGGGGGUUUGAUAAGCUGCAGGAGAUGAGUGGACACAAGCAGCAAAAUCGGGUGUGGAAUCCUCCCAGCAGCGCCCAGGGAACCCCGAGCAGAGCUUCCGAAGCCAUCAAGCAGUUCUAUGAGAACCAGACCAAGGAUCGAGAGUCUGAUCCCUUGGUGCGGGGUUACGCACCAGAGGUGGAGGAAUUACAGAAGCACUUCUUCACGCGGCCCGGAUGCCCGAAGUACAGCCACAGAGCGACUUCAACAUCUCAUCUCGAUACUCACUUCGCCAGAGUGUCAGAACUGCCCAGUAACAUCAGCACCAUCAGUCUGUCUUCACAGCUUUCCUUGGACGACUGGAGCAUGAUCUUUCAGAAUCCGGAGCUCCUGGAUUCCCGGAGUUACAUCAGAUAUGCUCCAACCUCAACUAAUCAAAGCGUGGCCGGAUUGACCAAGUGGAAAAGCUACACCGAAGGCAUCAGGCCCUCCACCCAUAUGAAAAUCCACUCUGGCAGCAAAAUUCCCUGGUACAUCUCUGUGCUCCAUGAAAAGGAUCUCUAUCUGCACAAGCUGGGGGAGGAAGUGACCCGCCUCUCCAGUUGUGAGGUGGAAUGCAGACGCAAGGAAGAUGUCAUCUCGGUACUGCGGGAGGAGAUGGAGAGCAUGCAGAAGCAACUGGACCAGUUCCAGCAGGAGGGAGUCGUCCCCCCAGAAGUGCCUUCCGUGGAGAAGAAGAGUCCCGAGGAGCCCAGCGCGGGAGAAGAGAGCGUCCAGAAAGCAUGCCAGAGGGGCUUCUCCCUGCCCACCUACUUUGGACAGCAGGAUAUCUCGGAGGAGUUUCGGCAGGAGAUUGAGCGCCUGAAGACGGAGCUCGGCCAGUCCGAUAAAGUCCUCGACUCCCAGAUGGAGCUGCUGAACGAAACCCUGCUGAAGGACCAGGAAGAGAUGGGACAACUGGAAAAGGAAGAUGUGGAAAUCCCGCAGAAGGGCAAGCCGGAGGGCGAGGAGGAGGAGCUUAGCGGCUUCGCGUCCAAGGUGGCAUUUGAAGAAGGGGAGCCCGAGGCGGUGGGAGAGACGGAGGAGGAAUCGACCCUGUACAAGCUGAACGAGUUCCAGAAGAUGAACGAGGGGCUCUACAACGAGCUGGAGAAAGUGAAGAAUGAUUACGACGUGGCCAUGGGUGCCAUCUGCUCCUUGCAAAGGCAGCUGUCUUUUGAGGCGUCCCAGCUGCGGAGAGCCCACUCGGAGCAGGAGCUGCUGCAGAAGGAGCUGAGGGAGCGGGGAGACCAGCUGGAAGCCAUGUCUACUAAGUUUUGCAACCUGCGAGAGGAGCGGAAGCAGGCAGAAACGAUGGGCAACAUCGAGAGAGAGAAUUCCAAACUCCGGCAGGAUGUCUCCGAGCUGGAAUCGCAGCUGUCCGAGAAGAGCCAGCUGAUCGAGGAGCUGCAGAGCAACGUGGACCGGCUGCAGGCCGAGCUGGGGGUCAACCAGCAGCACGUCGGGAAGCAGCUGGGGCGGCAGACCGAGUUGCAGAAGCAGCUGGACACCUUGCAGCGGGCCGAGCAGCAGACCCGAGUCAACCUGGAGAGCAUCAGUGCCCGGUUUGAACGAUUUCGAAGCAAGAUCAUCCAGGCCACCUACAGCUCCCCUGCCACCAAAUCGCCUCAGGCAGAAAUCGGCGAUGACGAAGUCUUAGAAGCGUUGCAGAAAAUAAUAACCGACCGUCUGGACUUCCAUCAGCUGCUGAGGCAGAAGGGUGUGAAAGUCCCAUCUCUGAACAGCUCAGAACCAAUUAUUAUGCCAUCGCAUAAGAAGAAAGAUCCAUACAAAAAGGAGUGCAUUUCAAGGGAGAUCUGGUGUCACUCCAAAGCAAUUUGUCAACUGGACGAUCUGACCUCCGAUUUCUACUGCCAGUGUCUGCCGGGCUACAGAGGUGACGGCGUAAACUCUUGCCGAGACCCUGCUUUCAGUAUCACUGUUUCCAGUCUAACUGCUUGUGCCGACUUCGGGGAGCAGGUCUGUCUGCUCAGGGUAAUGCCUGGAAGCCAGGUCAUCUUCAGCGUCUCCGUCUCUAGCAACGGCAACUUCCAUUCGCACGUGGUGAUGUGGUACAAAUUCUACUCAGGCCAAAGACCCGAGUACCAUAGCUACCGAAGGAGAUUAGCACCCAUGGAGAACAUGACCAUCGAGAUUCUGGAGGCCAAUCAGAGCCAAGCGCUGACGUUGCUUUCAGCCAAGGAGGAUGAUUUUUACCCCAAUCUUUUCUGGGCGGAAGUGAGAUCGCACGUGCUGCCUGAGAAAACGGACGGGUUCGAGGCUUAUGAUCUGACGGACUUUGAGAUCUUAAACCCUUCCAGCCUGAGAUAUUUUUUUGUACUGGACAGCACACCUAUAGUGCUCGGUGAGUUCUUGGAAGGAGACACCGUCAGCAUCCAGUUGCCACAGUUUCUGUGGCUCUCGCCCUCCAGCUUUGUCGUGUGGACGAAGGACAGCCAGCCGAUGACGCUGCUGGACAGCCAAGCAGUGGUCGUCGCCAAUGGCACGGAAGCCAUUGAGAUCAGUGGACUAACGGAUAGCGAAUUUGGAGAUAUCCGGGCUCUGGUCUACGAUUUCAGUGCUGAUGUUCCCGGAAGAGUGCUUGUGGCCCAGAGGGUCUUCUUAAUAAUGAAGGAUAUCAGCAAAACAUGCAACGGAAGCCGAGAUGAAGAGAACUGCCAAUGCAGCCCAGGAUUUGAGGGGAACGGUGUGCACUGUGCUGACAUAGAUGAAUGCAAAGAAGGGAUGCCCUUGAGUUGCCUGCCUGAAGCGGAGUGUGUCAAUUCAUUCGGCUCAUAUGUUUGCCGCUGCCCAACGGGUUUAGAAGGGGAUGGCCUGUACAGCUGCAUAGACAUUGAUGAAUGCACAAGUGGCACCUACAACUGUGACCAGGAUGCGACUUGCUUGAACACUCUGGGCUCCUAUUUCUGCACGUGUCCAAGUGGAUUUGUCGGUGACGGCGUUCGCUGUCAAGCAAAGAGCACCUGGUCCCCGUGGUCCCCUUGGUCCCUGUGCUCUGUGACCUGUGGCUUCCAGAACCAGAUGCGUAUCCGCCAAUGCACUCACCCGGAGAGCGGGAUGCGCUGCGUGGGGCCUUCUGCGGAUCUCAGGCUUUGCCCCGACCUACCCCGCUGCCCAACCAAUGGCCGCUGGUCAGAAUGGUCGCCCUGGUCCGCCUGUUCAGAAACGUGUUCCGGGAUCAAGAAAAGGGUCCGCGAGUGUGACAGCCCUGCUCCUGCCAGAGGAGGCCUUCCUUGCCAAGGAGAGAAGGACGAGAUCGCCAUCUGCGAGAGCGACAAAUGUCCAGUAGACGGGAUGUGGUCCCCCUGGGCAUCGUGGACCCCGUGCCCCCUCUCCUGUGGACUAGGAGUUGUGAGCCGGUCUCGACGGUGCGACAAUCCCGCCCCCGCACAUGGCGGGAAGAGCUGCAGCGGCCACGGGUACGAGGAAGGCUCCUGUGGAUUUCCGGAGCCGUUCUGCAAAUACCUGGCUAGACACUCUUGACUCGGCUACACUCGGAAAACGGAUUCAGUGAUCAGCCAACCAUUGGCCAAAGAGAUAGCAACAGAAGAUUGUCGGCAGCCAGCCAAGCUGGUGGGUCUCAUGUAGGUCAAAGCAUGCUGAUGGGAGAGGUCCUCUGCUUGUAUGCCUUGGACUGCAUCUAGCGAACUAAGCAGUGUUUCGACGGAAUGACUCUCAGGUGCCCACGAGCCGCUAGAAAAGCUGGGAGACCGGCAUCUCUGUGGAAGAAGCCCCCCAGGACGGCACCAGAACCACUGGAAAAGUUGUUGACCGUAUGAAUGGCACUGGGGAAGAUCUGGAUCCCGGCCACGGGACGUCGUCCUUGGAACCAGGCAGUAUCAUGUGUGGUGACAUCCGUGGCUCGUGGAUUUUGUUAAGAGAUGGACCCAGAACCUCUUUGGGGUCCACCAAAGAAAUCUAUGAAUGACGGCAGAAAUCUUCCACAGGCCAACUCCUAGAAUUCUUCCCCUCCCCUAGGGUGGCAAUGCGUCGUGACUGCCAGUGAGGAAUGUGAUUAAAGUUUCCCUGAUGUUUUCACUGGAUCAGAGCCUCCUGGGGGAAAAAAAUACAGCCUUUUCUUGUUAUUAUUAGAUUCA